GCUAAUAUUACUUUAUCUGAACGUACUCUAUCAAGGGGUCAAGCUACGCUUACUAUUUAACAAGUUAAAGAAAUUCUGUUCUGAAUAUCACUGAGAUAUUUAUUAUAUUCUAAAUUUUUAACUGUUUUCGCCAUUGAAAGGAUUAAGAAAAACAGAAUUAAAAACUUAAUGCAUGAGUGAAGUGUUAUCAAAGAAGAAAAAAUAGAAGACUGAACAUAAAAUAGUGAACAUUCUGAUAAAAAAUAUCUUAUAAAAGCCAUUGAGGAAAAGAAGAUUAAAAAAAUUUAUAAUCUCAGGAAAUUUGAAAAAGAAAUGUGGUCAAUGCUUAUAAUUUAACUUUACUGAAACACAAAUUGAAGUGUUUCUUGAUAUAAACAUUAUAAAAUAAAAAAAACUAAACUUCUUUCAAAUAUCAGAGGAAAAAAAAAGAAAAAGAAGAUUUCCAGCACAAUUUCUAAUCUGUAGAUUUGUUGAGUUAUGAGAAGCAUCUAAACAUCCUUCUAAUGCAUCGAUCAGGAAAAAAACAUUCGAGUGGAUUCCACGACGAAUAUUCAAACAUAAUGAAGGAUAAUGAGAUAGAAACAAUAAAUUUGGACUCCGAUGAUGACAAUAACAAUGAAAAUUCAUCACCAGAUCGUCACCAACUUGCAAGAGACGAUUCUGAUGAUCGAGAAAGCAAUGACACAGAUGUUGAAUUUGUGAGUGCAACACAACCGAUUUAUGAAGAGCCAACCUUUGAAGAACUUUCAAAAAUACGCUCAGAUGUUAAAUUAUUACCUGAAGAUAAAGUCAGUGCUGACGAUUUUAAAAUUCUAAAACUUCUCGGCACUGGCGCUUAUGGCAGAGUUUAUCUUGUAAAAAAAAGAAAUGGAGUUGACAAAGAUGCCUUUUAUGCGAUGAAAGUUCUUGAAAAAGUUAAAGUCACUGCUAAAAAGAAGACCACAGAACAUACCCGAACAGAACGCGAGGUACUUGAGAAAGUCGUCGAUUGUCCAUUUCUUGCAAAAAUGUAUUACGCGUUUCAAACAGAUACCAAAUUGUAUCUUGUACUGGAAUUCUAUCAAGGUGGCGAGCUCUUCACACAUCUGUACAAAUCAGAGCAUUUUACUGAGUCUGUUGUGUUAUUUUAUAUUGCUGAGAUCAUCAUUGCACUCGAACAGCUUCAUAAGCGUAAUAUAAUUUAUCGUGACAUUAAACUGGAGAAUAUUCUUUUGGAUGCAAAAGGUCACAUAAUCAUAACAGACUUUGGAUUAUCAAAAGAACUUUUAAACGGAGCUCGAGCUUACAGCUUCUGUGGAACUAUCGAAUAUAUGGCACCUGAAAUUGUCAGUCAACGUCCCAUCGGUCAUGAUCUCAGAGUCGAUUGGUGGAGUGUGGGAGUGCUUAUGAUUGAACUUUUAAGUGGACAAUCUCCAUUUACAAGAGAAGGCGAAGACAGUAGUCAAAAUACUAUUUCAGAAAGAAUCCAAAAUCAACCACCGAAGAUCCCUGCAACUAUUGGAAAAGAUGCAAGAGACUUGAUAACAAAACUUCUUGAUAAAAAUCCCGAUACACGUUGUGGCUCUAAAAAUGAUGCGAUGGAUUUAAAAAAUCAUGAUUUCUUUCGAAAAUUAGAUUGGAAGAAGCUCGAAGAGAAGGGUUUAUAUUAUCCAGCACCAAUAAAGCCAGAACUUUCAAGUAAAGAUGAUGUUAGUCAAUUCUCGGAAGACUUUACAAAGCAAGAUCCAAAAGAAAUGGAAGCACCACCCUUGACUGAACCGAAUGCUAAAAACUUCUUUCGAGGAUAUUCCUACGUUGCUCCAAUCUUUCGUAAAUCCAAACCUGUGGAAGUUAUUUUGGACAAACCUGAACCAGUUAUUCGGCCACUUCGAAAGAAUGUUUUUGAAGUUCAAAGAAAGAACAAAUCAUCGCCAUUCUUCAAAAUGUAUCGCAUUGACAACAAUGCAAAAGAGAUUGGCGACGGAACAUAUUCAAUUUGUAUGCCCUGCACAUCCAUUGAAACCGGCAAAUGCUAUGCUGUGAAAAUUAUGAGUCUCUUUCAUGAUGCAUCGCCUGAAAUUGAAGCACUUGAAGUAUGUCAAGGUCAUGAAAACAUCGUAGAGCUUGUCGAUCAAAUGAAAGACAGAAUAACGAAACAAAGUCACGAUAUGUGGUCAUUGGGAGUCAUUCUUUAUACAAUGUUAUGUGGCAAUACACCAUUUAUGCCAUCAAAUGUCAACAAACAAAAAGAUGAAAGUCAUUAUCGUGCUCGGCUUAUGGAGAAGAUCAAAAGUGGAAAUUUCAAUAAGAACGAGCAAUGGGAAAGUUUAUCAAAUGAAGCAAAAGAUCUCAUUAGUGGCCUGCUUAAAGUAUCAGAAUCAGAAAGAUUUACCUUGAAUGAAGUUAUGGAACACAAAUGGUUGAUAAGUUUACAUGAAAGUUCUUAUAGAAAUGGCUAUCAAACGAUGACAUCAGAGGUUAGUACAUUAAAUGAUGCUGAAAAUGAUUCCAUAAUUGAUGUUCCAACAAAAGACAAGAAAGCACGCGAUGAAGUUCGAUCAAAUGAUAGCAGUGGGAUUGUUAUGUCAGAUCGUAAUGAAGGUUCAUCACUUAGCAGUCACAUGGAAGAAAAUGACCAUCAACAUGUUGAAUUAGCGCCAAUAACUGAAGAAGAUUCAGUUGAAGAUAUCAAAGAGCCUGAAGCAAUUGAAAUACCUGAAGUGCAACAAGAGAAAUGUGAAGUUGCUUCAAGAAAACGAGGGCGUCCUAAAAAGAAAAUCAAUUUACAUGUCAAAAAGGAAAAAGUGGUUAAAGUUCUUAAACGACGCAGACAAGAAGAAAGUGAAGGAGGAGACGAAGCUAAUGGCAUUGAUGAAGUUCCUGAAGAAAUCUUUAAAGGAUUUGAUAAUGAUGAGACGAUUAUUGAUAUUGGCAUCUAUGAAUUAUUUUUCUCAAAACGAAAUUUAAGAACACGAAAGAAAAUUAUUAACUACAAUGAGAAGAAAAUGUUACCGGAAGUUGAACAGUCACAGACAAAAAAAUUUAGAUCAAAUGUUGAGCCAUCGUCGACAACAAUGACAACGAUAAAUGACGCAAAGCGAAAGCAACGAAAUUGUUCGAAAAUGCCAACAUCUCAAGAUUCCUUCUUUGUGUUUGGUGGUGAAAUGUCGGUUGAAGAUGAACAGAAUGAACCACAAGUCAACAGCAAUAAAGAGGCUUCAAAAAAGGAGAAAAUUAAGCGAGAGAAAGUAACUAUUAAACAAACAUUGAAAUCAUACUUCAAAGAAGAAAAAUCAGCCAAAGCUUCACCCGUUGUUGUUGUUGAAUAUCAACAGAAUAUUCCACAAAUUGACAUUCAACAACCAAAGCAAAUUAAAAGACGUGGAAUAAAACGAAAACUUCCGACUGUUGAACAGUUUAAACCUGAAAAGAUCGAACAAAAAAUUGUUCAAUUCAUAUCACCAGCACCAUCAACUUCAGCUGCUCAAGAUUUCGUUAUUACUUCUAAAGUCAACAAAAAUCGUCCUUCAUCGAUUCAAAUUCGCAAAUGUUAUUUGCCACCACAACAGCCUGACGAUGAUUUGGUGCCACUGAAAGAAAUGCGAAUGUGA